UGCGUCCAUUUCAACUCAGCGGUUCGGAUGCGAUCGACGCACGUUUUACAACCGAGACCUUUGUUUAUACAAGUGCUAUAGUUGAUAGUAUCGUUAACAACAAAAUGGCGUUGUAUUCCAUAGACGCUGAAUUAUUUAUCAGUGAAGUAUCAAAACAACCAGCUAUAUGGGAUUGGACCUGCGACGAAAACAAAUUGAAAAGGCACAAGGAAAAGGCAUGGGCAGAAAUCGCACAAGUCUUCAUAAUAGAUUUUGAUGAUAUGCCAGCGUCUAAGAAGGUUGAUAUUUAUCGUAAAUUACAAGGCAAAUGGAGGAACCUACGGGACAACUACGUACGUUCGUUGCGACGCAAGGACAAUAGCUCGCGUUACACGCACACCGAAAGGAUGUCCUUCUUGGACGUCCUGUACCAGCACCGACCGGCAAGAUCCGAGGACAAGAGUCGCCCCAGAAAACGCACACAACAUUCACAAGUUGCUAAUGUGAAAGAGGAUUCGUCCUCGCACGAUGAACAAUGCCUAUCAACUACCGUUGAAGACAGACUAGCAGAUUCCAGUCCAAACAAUCUAGGUGCCGAUACUGAAUCUAUUAUCCUAAUUAAAGCGGAAUCAUCAAGCGAAGAAGAAGAUCAAUCUGUCAUUGAAAACUUGAAACGCAAAAGAAGAGUGAAAGAGAGACCCGAGUUUCUAGAAAUGCCGAGAGAAGAGGAAAUCCGGAUUUCGUCGAGCUCUAUUACGGAUGAGGACAAAUUAUUCUUUGACUCUCUUUUACCGGUCGUGCACGAGUUUAAUCUAGACCAAAAAUUAGAAUUUCGCACUCAAAUCUUGCAUUUAAUAAAAAGUAUACGUUCGAAUCCAUUAUAAUUAAAAGAUGAAUAAGAUUCAUUUUCAAGUAUAGCUUUACUUUAAAUUCACAUCAUAAUUAUAAUUAACUAUUUAUAAUAAUUAAGGCAAAACACAAAGAAAGGCAACGAAAAAGUACCGUCAAACAAAAUUAUUCGAUAAACAUGCAUCGAAACGUAAUUCUCGAUAAACCAUGCGAUUAAUAAAAACAGUAUUGUUUUUACAACUGAUUAAAUAAUUGUUGAAUACAUUUGCCUCUUAUUAUGACAAUAAAUCUUAAGUUCAC